AUGUCCCUUGACCGAUUGGAUGUCAAAUUGCCACCCUUCGUGCCGUCCGACCCCGAACUCUGGUUUUGUAUUGUCGACCGCAGUUUUGAGGCCUACGGAAUUACGUUCGAAUCAACAAAGUUUGGGUAUGUACUAGGCAACCUUGACCCUCACUAUGCGGCGGAAGUGCGGCAGCACUCAUUGGGCAUCUCCCAAGAAACAUGGAUGAAACAACUCCUCGAGCCAGGAGAUUUGGGAGACAGGAAACCCACGCAAUUUCUGUGCCAUCUACGCGGUCUGGCCGGAACCACUCUGUCGGACAAUUUACUGCGAACCAUUUGGUCAAGUCGUCUUCCUCUUAAUAUUCAAGCCAUCAUCGCAACUAUGCGCGAUAAGAAUCUGGAUGAAACAGCCGUGGUCGCCGAUUACAUCAUGCAAGAAACGCAAACACAGUCCAUAAUAGCAGUUACGGCCACACCUACUCUCCACCACGAUACCAUCCAACAACUGGCCAACAUGAUACAUACCCUCCAGAUGGAUCUGAACAACAUAAGACAACACAUGGCAAGAAAAUUGAAGAACCAACACCGCUCAAAUUCACGCAGUUUUCUACCCCGACAACGUUCCAACCACAAUAUUAGGGCAAAUAGUCAAGGGCAAGGCACACUAGCGCAUCUCACCAUGACGGAUGACAACAAGAAAUUAACCAAGAAACCACGUAUGGCAACGACAA